UACAGUUGGCGUUAGCUAGCUAGCUAGUUAGCUAGAAUGAGGGGGUGCUAUUAAAUAGACGUGGAAUGGGUGCCUAUCUUAAUCGUUUUCUGUGACAAUAACUUGGAGGAUGCUUUAAUAAGCAUGAUGAUAUUGUUGGCAAUCAUCGGAGAAGAUAACUAACAGGCACGUAAAAUGAUGCCUGGUCAACUAGCUAGCUAGCUAGCUAGCUAGGUAAUUUAUUCUUGUUAGGAAGUGCUCCACUUGAGCUGACGAGCCUAGCAACAGAUUUGCCAUAGUGGCAGGACCAGAACUCAAAAAUCAAGGAGACUUAGCUAAUUGUCUGAGGUCAAUGUGCUAUAUACUGAGAGCCGACUUCAGUCGAUUGCGUCGAGGGAUCUCAAUGACUUUUUAUGAAGUGACUUUAUGUGCGAAUUGUAAACGGUCCAUACAUUCGACUUGAUGGCAAACAAGCGCUUGCUAAAUUGCUAAUCAGGACAAGCAAAAGAUAUUGUCGAUUUUGUUUCACGCUUGUUUGUUUAUUUGGGGGUUUGCUUUGUUAAUUAACAAACAGUGUCAUCAUAAUUCAACUCAAACGCGUUAUCUUGGUAACUAUUAUCUUGGUCAAACACUUUUGGUACAGUUAUAUAACGUUAAGGCUCCGAAAUUAGCUAGCAAGCUUGUUUUGUAGCUAUCGUAUAGACAUCGUGUAAGUCAGUUUGUUAGUUAGCUAGCUAGUAAACAAACUAACCUAACGUUUGAAAUGGACGACUUCAGUUCGAUAUGUCUACUUUCUCUGGCUAUGUUGGUGGGAUGUUAUGUUGCUGGAAUCAUUCCAUUGGCUGUCAACUUUUCAGAGGAAAAACUGAAAUUGGUGACUGUGUUGGGAGCAGGUCUGUUAUGUGGCACAGCUUUGGCUGUCAUUAUUCCCGAGGGGGUCCAUGCACUCUAUGAAGAGGUAUUGGAGGCUGGACACCAUGCUCAAGGCCAGGCAGAGGUGUCUGUGUCGGAGCAGAAGGUAGCUGAAGGAGCCGUGGGGCCCAGUAGCGAACAUGUCCACAACCAUGAGCAGCUCCAUGCCUACAUAGGCGUGUCGUUGGUGUUGGGUUUUGUCUUCAUGCUGCUGGUGGAUCAAAUAGGCAGCUCCCACAUGCACAGCAGUGAUGAUCCAGAGGCAGCAAGAGCUGCUAGUUCGAAAAUCACAACCACGCUUGGUUUGGUCGUCCAUGCUGCAGCUGAUGGAGUGGCUCUUGGUGCUGCUGCUUCUACCUCUCAGACUAGUGUCCAGCUUAUUGUAUUUGUGGCUAUCAUGCUUCAUAAGGCUCCUGCUGCAUUUGGCCUGGUCUCAUUCCUUAUGCAUGCGGGUUUAGAGAGGAACCGAAUUCGGAAACACCUGCUGGUCUUUGCCUUGGCUGCUCCUGUCCUGGCAAUGCUGACAUACUUAGGUCUUAGCCAGAGCAGUAAGGAGGCAUUGUCUGAUGUCAACGCCACUGGGGUGGCCAUGCUCUUCUCAGCCGGUACCUUCUUGUACGUGGCCACGGUGCACGUCCUGCCAGAGGUGGGCGGCACGGGGGGACACAGCCACGCAGUCGGAGGCGGCGGAGGGAAGGGCCUGAGCAAAGUGGAGGUGCUGGCCCUGGUCCUGGGCUGCCUUAUCCCUCUGGUGCUGUCUGUCGGCCACCAGCACUAGAGCAGCUGCUAAUGAAAUAGAGGGACAGGAAAAUGAGUGGAAAAACUGUUGGAGGCAGCAGAUGGGGAACUUAACAGUGGCCAAACACUUUGGAACAGAUUGGAAGUAUGUUAGUCUGUUUAACCGAAUUAGAGGUUGGAAGGGAUGUGAUUAAGUUCUUGUGCCUCUGUGUUGGGGUCAGGUUUGUGAAAUGACUGAACUUUCAGAACAUGCUUGAGGUUAGAGUUUGUGAUCCAAUGGUCAUGAACUCACUCUCUUUAAGAUAACCCCUCCCUUCCACAGAGCACUGUGUGCUGAUAGCUGGCAUUAGGAAUCCAUGAUUGAAUGCCAUUUAUUGUUUUUUGUUUUAUUUUUUUUCCCCCCGCCUAUCUCUUUUUGUUCCUGUGGUUUAUGUUUAAAAAAAAGUAAGCAGUUAGUUUUCAGUGUGUAUCCUGGAAAAAGGUUUUCUUUAGUUUCUCUUUAACAAAUGCAUAAUUGAACUGAAAGUCAUUGUUGGAAUUUUAAAUGAGGGACAAUUACAGUGGAGACACAAUUUAUCACCAUGCAGUUGUUUAUAGCUUAUACAUUCUUUUUUUUCAUUUCUCUGCACAUGAAUGUAGUGAAUACCAAGCAUUCAAGCAUAACUUGUGGUAUUGUCAGAGUCUCAGAUAAGACCCCUCAUUUGAAUGGUAUGGCAGAAACCUGUAGACACUGAUGCAGCUUUCUGUUUCCAUCACACGGCUUGCAGCUGAUAUUUAUGUUCUUUACUAAUGAAUUAGUAUUACUUGAUUUGUCAAACCAUCUACCAGGUGAGAAGAUAACAGAUUUCAAUUGGGGAUUAUUUUUUCCCCCAAUUCAGAGCAAUAUUACAUCGCGAGAAAAGGCAUCCACUAAUAUCUUUUUUUUUGGGGGGGGGGUCAUCUGAAUUCAUGUGUGCCCUGUACUUUAUUUUUCCCUUUUUGUUUUAAUUAUUUAAUUUUUGAAUUUGUGUAGGUACUAGUGAGGGAGUUGGUGUCGGUUUUAUUUUUUGAUGGUGAUAUUUGAAUUAAUGAUGACAUUUUAUACUCUUGAAGGACCAGAGGUCAAAUCUUCACAUAAAUUGACAGCUGAUACCUUUAUGGUAUAUGGUCGUUUCUGACAUUGUUUGAAAAUCCUUUUAAUAACAUCUUUAAUUAUGGGUGUAGUUGACUUAACGGACUGCUCAAGAUGUUCCUCCUUCUUUGUGCUUGUUAGAUGUUACUCGCACAUUGGUUUAUCUGCUCAUGUCUUUCUGGAGGCAUCUGGGUGCUCGGCCCAUGCAGGCAGCGUGUGCUGCUUCCACUGUAAUUAUUCUGUCUGCACAAAGCAGAGCUUGUGUAUAUAAUGUAUUCUGUACAAGUUGCAAUCAAAUGAGCUUAAUGAAAACUUGGCUUCAUCCUGUACUGAGUUUCUACUACUAGUCUUUUAGCACAGUUCUCAAUGCCAAUAUGGGGGGAAAAAAGGCAAGGACAGGGGGUUUAUUCAUGAAAUGUGUUGGAAAUGUAAUAAAUCUUUUACAUGAAUCAUAGUAAUGCUACUUUUUAUGUUUCCAUCAGGUUUUUUUAUUUUUUUUUUUGUAUUUUUUUUUUUUUAGUUUUUUUUGGAAGUGCAAUGGUCUUGAAACCCAAAUAGUGAACAAAGUAGGUUAGACAGUACAGAUAGAGCUGAGAGGCACACAAAGGAACUUUUGUUCCUUAUGCUGAUUAGCUAUUGAAAGUGUAUACGCUGUCCUAUGGCAUUUUUUGACCAGUGUUUUUUGUUUCUGUUGUUGCGCUGGCAUAGUAUCAGCGUCUUUUUGUGCUGUCAGGAAUUUAAAAUGCUAGGAGCUGUACAUAAGGAAAUUUUAAGGGUUUUAUCAUUGUAAGGAGAUCAAUAGUUGGAUGUUAGCAUCAGUACAUGACGACUUCUGGUAUCCUAGAAUCUCAUCAAUGACGACGGGGGUUAUUUGACAUGCAGUGCCAUAUUUUGAUGCCAAUGCAGGCGUUGCUCUUGGGUAUUGAGAUGGCGCUCCACCAUUGCAGUGGGGCUGACGAUGCUAAAAGACAAGUUUUCACAUGGGCCUUCCACAAAGAGUAAUUUUUUUUUGGGUCUUAAUUUUUGGGGAAAAAAGUGCAUAUUAUUUUAAUAAAGUUUUUAUUGUUUUGUCUUCUUUUGCUCAUUGGACAAAUUUGAGCCACAGACAUCUUUUAUCAAGAACUAUUUAAGAGACACUUGGAAGUUGGUGAAGGACUCUAGAUCUUGGUCUCUCCUGAAUGAAUCCACUGAACACUAAGAUUUGUACUACUCAUUUAGUACAAAUCUAUUCAGUGGGAACAUGAGUUAUUUUAAGAGUUGUGAAGAUAGAUGAAUGUUGUGUCUGACUCUUUAAGGUGGAAAACCACCUGACAGAAACAUGCCUCUGCUCUGACACAAAGAGGUUCUAAAGCAAGUUCACUUACUGAGGAUGUGGAUGCUCUUAUGUAAAUGAGGGCGUUACCCUGGGCUGGCAUCCCCACCUCCAAUCGGUUAAAGUGAGACUGACUGUCAUGAGGAGAAUAAAAGCAUAAAGAGUAA